GAAGGCUCCCUGUCCCUCCGCGUCACCUCGCGUCACCCCGCCCCGCCUGCUUCCCAGAGCCCUGCGCCCCGCCCCGCGCGCAGGCGCAGGGCCGCUUUUCGGGUCCGCCAUUUUUCAAGAUUUGAAUUUCCCCUGGCAAAGCGAGAGAAGCAAAAUACCCGGAUGGUGAUCGCUGGCCUUUUCGCGCCAAUACUAGCUGGGACGAUGGAGGCUCUUCUCGGGAUGGGUUUCCUUCUAACCGCACUCUUGAACCAUGCUCUCUUUGCAGCCACAAAGGAAAAAGGCAGAACAGUCCUCCCCUGGCGCCAACCAAUCAGCAGAGCCCCCGCCCUCCUCCCACCUGCCACCUCCACUCCGGGGCAAGGUCACAGCAUCUGAGUAGGUGAUCACGGGGACUUCUUCCUGCUGGCUCAGCUGGGAGACCGAGGAGUGUUUGGCAAAAACUGUUCAGCUGAAUUCGGAGAUAACUGUGGAGGCAGCUGCUCUUCUCACAGAGGCUUCUCGAUGCAGCCUGAGUCGGGCCGGGCCCUCUUCCACGUGGCCGUGGCCAGCUGCCUCUGCGCGGCCGCCAUCCACACCGGUGCUUUUGACGGCGUCUCCGUCCAGGUGGGCUUGGAGCACUAUGCUGAGGCACCCGUGGCCGGCCUCCCUGCCUUCCUAGCCAUGCCCUUCAACUCGCUCGUUAACUUGGCCUACAUGCUCCUGGGAGCGUACUGGCUGCAGAGAAAGCCCAGCGCCCCCGGGUGCCCUGCAGAGGUGCGGAGGGCUUGUUACCUGAAGGAUGUCUUCGCUGGCAUGGCCCUAGUCUAUGGCCCCGUCCAGUGGCUGCGCGUGGCAUCACAGACCCGGCCCGCCGCUGUGCUGGAUCAGUGGCUCACCCUGCCCAUCUUCGCGUGGCCGGUUGCCUGGUGCCUCUACCUGGACAGGGGCUGGAAGCCCUGGUUGUUCCUGGCUGUCGAGGGCCUCUCCCUGUGCAGUUACGGCCUUGCCCUUCUGCACCCCUGUGGGUUUGAGUUCACGCUGGGGGCACACAUCGCAGCUGCUGUGGGCCAGGCCCUGUGCACCCAGGGGCGCCGGGGCAGUCCUUCCUCAGGAAUGUACUUGGCUCUAGGCGUGCUCUCCUGCUUGGGCUUUGUGGUCCUCAAGCUGUAUGACCAUCAGCUCGCACAGUGGUGUCUCUUCCAGCGGCUCACAGGCCACUUCUGGUCCAAAGUCUGUGAUAUGCUCCAGUUCCACUUUGCCUUCUUGUUUCUGACCAAUGUAAACACUUGCCGAAGACACCCUACUGCAGGGAAGAUGCAUUAAUGUGUGGAAAUAAGCUGCUUACAGUCGCUGUCCCCUUCCCCCCGGCCCUGACGUCAAAAUGGACCAUCAGAUGACAUCCUGUUUUCAGUGUUAGAUUUCCUGGGUGGAAUAAGAUAGGAUGGUUACGUGGAAGGCUGGCCCUUCCUUUGAAGUUACGGGCUUAGAUAUUACGAAUAUGAAUAUCCAAUGUUAUGAAAAUUUAUGCUCUCUGCAACUUACUCUGAAAGAAUUAAACCCAAUAUCUAGGUGCUCGGGAUGCGGGGUUCACUGUGCUAUUCUUGUAGCUUUUCUAUAGUUUGAAAAUUUUUAAAAUAAAAUGUGAGGGGAAGUGACCCCCAGAAAUCCAUCAAACUGGCAGUUGUCCGCUCUGGGAUGUUAGCAUGGGCCGGUGACAAUGAGGCAGGGUAGCAUCUGGCCAGUGUGCCAGGCCAGGCAGUGGGGUUACUAGUGAGUGUCCCCAGACGUGCCUGGGUUCAGGGA